AUGGCCGUGGUUUACCUUGAAGAACUCCUCGCCACCGAGAUCACCUUCAAGCCAGCUUUUGGUAGCUCAGCUAUCCCCGAAAAGCCGAUCCCUCAUGCAAGUGAACCACCUCAGAAACAGACUCUAAGUCUGUUCCGCAAGAAGACCAUCCUGGAGACGCCCAAAAUCUGAACACCCCAGCAAUCAUCC